AUGACAGAAGUUCACGGUUCGGUUGUGCGUUCCGCUUUGCAUGACGAUAAUCAAGACGCUUUUAAAGGAGCGUCAGGUAGUGUUCAACGUUCUGUGCAUCGAAGUUCUCUUCAGGACGUUCGGGAAGACGCUUCUUAUGACGCUCGGCGUCUUAAGCAGCGAAGCGCUUGCCAGGACGCUCGAGCAGACGCUUCUCAGGACGCGCGGCGUCUUAUACAUCGGGACGCUCGCCAGGACGCUCGAGCUGACGCUUCUCACGGCGCGCGGCAUCUUACACAUCAGGACGCUCGCCAGGACGCUUCUCAGGACGCACGGCGUCUUACACAUCGGGACGCUCGCCAGGACGCUCGCCAGGAUGCCUUGGAAGAAUGUUUGAGUCCAAAGCGUCAAGAUAUUUCACAAGAUAUUAAAGUGUCGAAGAUAACAAGGAAACAACGAUUGGUUACUUCGAACUCUUCUUCAACAAGAGGCACCCUCUUGCGAACAGGACCUCAAGGAUUAUUAUCAUUGCGAUCUUUGAAGGACACUGAUAAUCGAGAGAGAGAUUCUUCUAGUGAUUUGUGCCCUACGGAUGAUGACGAGCCAACAGCGUCAGCGGCUUCAGACUAUAAGACGUUAACGAACCUUCUUAAGAACUUGUUCCCAGAUAAUUUUCAAGCGCCCGUUCCUUGCUCUCCCCCUUCACAAUUAGCCUCAUCGAAGUCCAUGAUUAAGGAUCUGUCGGUUAAUUUGCAGGAGAAAGCAACGCGGGACCUCUUGACUCAGUCUUCCAGACGCCCUACUCCCCAGGCUUCUACUUCCAACCGCACAAGCCCCAAGAAGAAAUUUAAAGCCCUUUCGUGGAGCACCUUCCUCUAG